AUGUUCCUGCGGUACGACGUCUUUGGCACCGACGUUUCCCCGCUGACUAGGCAGGCGUUCUGGGAGCUCUUCGACGGCUACGCGCGGUCUCACUCGCAGCAAGUGCGCCUCCUGAAUGUGGGCUAUGGCGGAAAGACCAACAAGCUGAUGACUUUGAUGAUGGCCAAGUCUCUUGGGCUCGAGACGCCCCAGACCCUGGCCACCAACAGUCCGGUGAUGGCCACGGACUACCUGGGACAGCACGCUUCCAAGAUAACCAAGCCGCUGGGUGGUGGUGCAACGACCAAGAGGCUCCACGAGGUGUUAGACAGGAGCCAGAAGGGGAUGCCCGCGGCGUUUGUCCAGGAAGAGCUGAUCUCACCGGAGAUGCGCGUCUUCGGUGUCGACGGCGCCUUCCUGUGCUUGGGGCUUCACAGCCCCUCCAUCGAUUACAGGGAGCACCAGGACGCGAAGCUGAGCCUGAAGUCAUCAUGCCCCGCGGAGCUAGUCCCUAAGCUGCACAGCAUCAUGAACCGCAUGGGACUUCGGUAUGGCGCUGCAGACUUCAAGACGCGAGCAUCUGAUGGCGCCUGGGUCUUCCUGGAGAUGAACUCCGAGCCUAUGUUCUCCGCGUUCGACAAAGCGUCUGGCGGCCUGCUGCGGGACAUGAUCGGCUCGUGGCUGGAGGGCAACUUCUCCCCAUACCACGGCUGCACGGACGCGAAGUCGCCCGUCAUGUGCGUGAAGGGUUCCGAGAAGUGA